AUGUACUUCGAAAGGAUGAUUCCAAGCCUUGAGACGGGCGCCACUAGGGCGAUGUUUGAUGGCGACCAGUACGCACCACAGCAGCCCGAAAUACCGGUGCGGGCUAACUCCCCGGGCUCGGGUCCCUCCAGUCCGGCAUCCGCGGAAUCCGAGUUAAGCUGCUCGAGCCCGGAGGCCAAACCCACGGCGGAGACACGCGUUCGAAGGCCUUUGAAUGCGUUCAUCAUCUGGACGAAGGAGGAACGCAGACGCCUCGCGCAGCUCAACCCAGACCUCGAGAACACUGACCUAAGCAAAAUUCUCGGUAAGACAUGGAAGGCUAUGUCACUGGCAGAAAAGCGUCCAUACAUGCAGGAAGCGGAGCGACUAAGGGUCCAGCACAGCAUCGACCAUCCCAACUACAAAUACCGCCCCCGACGCCGAAAGCACAGCAAGAGGAACAGCAAGACCCCCCCGAAUGAAACCCCCCUAUCACACAAUACCUAUCACCUAAACUACAUGUUCCAGAGCCAAGGCCCCCAAAACACAUACUCUCACCCAGCUUCGCACAUGUUCACUAGGUCAUACACACUUCCACACAGCCCAGGUUUCCAGAACCUGCCCACAAAUGGAGCAGCCUUCCCAAACGGUGCGCCACUUCAGAACGGAGUGACGUUUUCUUGCCCCUCUGCGGCGUACCCUCCAUUGGCCGUGUACCCGACAGAGCAGUCUCUGUACUACAACUCCCAUCAUGCCUUGCAGCAGAACAGCACAGAGCACAAUGGCUGGAAGGAGACGGGUGCAUGCGGGUGUGUGUUGUGCACAAGUGGGCCAUCAUUGGAGUUUUACCUGGAGCAAGCAAGAGUGGACAUGUUAGACCAACUAGACCGUAGUGAAUUUGACCAGUACCUCAUCCCAGCUCAAUCUAAAGACCAACAGUGA